AUGGCCACCAACUCCACCUCUGCAGCUAGCCAUGCCAAGUGCCUGCCGAAGACCUCGUCGAGAUGCAUCACCCCUACCUUCACCUCAACGCGUGAUUUCGAGAUCACCAUUUACCCACUGCUCGAAGGCAUCGGCGUCGAAAAGCUCGUCAGCUCGACCGUCUUCACCGUCGGUGGCUUCAAGUGGACAAUAAGCUUCUUCCCGGACGGCGUGAGACAUGGCAGUUUUGGCAACGCUUCGGCGUUCUUGAACUGCCUCAGCCCGGAAAAGGAUGUGAGAGGAAGGUUCACCUUGAACUUGCUGGGCAAAAGUGGAGCACAGGUUACGAAGUUUGACGAGAUAGAGUAUACCUUUACGGCCGAAUGCAUUUAUCGGGGCUAUCCUCGGUUCGUGGACAGAUCGAGGCUGAGAUCAGUGUCGCUUGAAAACAAUGGGAGUGUCACUAUCCGCUGCGUUCUCACCGUGAUCGGAGAACCCUAUACUGAGGGGAAACGUGCCAUUCUGCCGCCGCCUCCGCUGCCGAUUCUGUGUGACAGCAAGAAAUUUGUUAUCCGCAACUUGGCGGCACCCCUGAAGAAAUCCAAGCAUGCCAAGAUUGGACUUGGAGGCGAAGUGGAUGCUGUGCUCACAGAUUAUCUGUCCGGCUCUGCUUGA